CAUUAUCAUCGAAAAAUAGUGAUAAAAAAUCAUCAUCAUCAUCAUCAUUUAAAUUAUUCACGACAACAGCAACAGAUUUGAUUAUAGAUCAAUUUUUAAGAUUUAAUCAACAAACAAUAAAAAUGAUCAAUUGUCUAUCCUGUCCAUCGGAAACGGAUCCACAAAUGAAAGAAAGCAAUAAAAAUGAUAAAAAAUUAAAACAAUGGAAUCGUAAUGAAUCAGAAGUGAUUAAUAUGUUAUUAUUAGGCGCUGGUGAAAGCGGUAAAACAACCAUUAUUAAACAAAUGAAAAUUUUACACAUAAAAGGAUUUUCACAUGAAGAACGGUUGAAAAAAUUACAAGAAAUCAAACAAAAUGUUUUCGAAUCAAUUAAAGAACUAACCAGUAAUAUGGAAUAUCUUAAUCCACCCAUAGAGCUUGUGAAUCCUAUGAAUCAGCCUAGUCUGAAUUUUAUUAAAAAAUUAGAUACAACUCAAAUGGAAACAUAUGAUUAUCCGGAUGAAUUUUUCGAACACACAAAACGAUUAUGGUCUGAUCCAGGUAUUCAAGCCUGUUAUCUACGUUCGAAUGAAUUCUUUUUGAUUGAUUCAGCCAAAUAUUUUCUAGACAUGAUCGAUAAAAUUCGAAAUCCAGAUUAUGAACCAAGUGAUCAAGAUAUUUUACGUAGUCGUAAACGAACAAGUGAAUUACAAAAAAUUGAAUUCAAGGUUAAAGUGCCUAAACAAAAUGGUGGUAAAAUGCAACCAUUUUGCAUGUAUGAUGUUGGAGGCCAACGUGGUGAACGUAGAAAAUGGUUUCAAGCAUUUAUUGGAAUCAAAGCCAUUCUAUUUGUCGUCGAUUCAUCCAGUUUUGAUACAAAACUUCGUGAAGAUGGUAAAACAAAUCGGCUGAAAGAAAGCAUUGAUCUAUUCAAAGAAGUUUGGAGUAGUUCUUAUCUCAAUAAGUCGGGAAUUAUUUUGUUCAUGAAUAAACAGGAUAUAUUGAAAGAAAAAAUUCAACGUGGUCAUCGAAUAGAGAAUUAUUUCCCGGAAUAUAAAGAUUAUAAAUUGCCAAAAAAUAAACAUGAAGUAGAAGAAGAAUAUGAAUAUAGAAAAGCAAGAGAUUUCAUUCUCGAUAAAUUUUUUCAAGUGACAAAAGAUCGUAAUGUAUGUAAACAUCGAUUUUUUUCACAUUUUACAACAGCCACGGAUACGAACAAUAUUAAAUUUGUAUUCGAUGAUGUUCAUUAUUGUUUUAUGAAAGAAAAUUUUGAUUACAUAAUCUAGUGAAUAAAUUUGUCGAUCAUUGAUCCAAAUAAAAUCAUUAUCAUUUCUGUAUAA